AGUUGCUCUUGGGAAUUUAUGGCGAUGUUUUGUUUUCCAGUCACAACACCUCGAUUUUAGCCUUCUCCCCCGAUGUCUAGUCAUCGUGCUGUUUUUCUUUUCAAGUGGUGUCUCAGUGAAAUCUGAGAUGGCGAAUCCACGUAAAUUUAGUGAAAAGAUAGCUCUACAUGCUCAAAAGCAGGCGGAGGAGACUGCAGCAUUUGAGCAGAUAAUGCGUGAAGUUGGCAAUACUAAGACACCAAAGGGCUCGCCCGUCAUGCCGCCGUCGCCCUCGCAGCCGGUGUUCAUCCACCAGAGCCACCUGCAGCCGUUCCACCGCGGCUGCGGCGGCUCGCUGCCCAACGUCAACCAGAUGGCCGGCUACCCGCCCGGCCACCCGCACGCCGUCCACCAGGACAUGUACCGCGGGCCGCACGUUUACGCGGCGGACCAGCGCAGUUCGGGCAUCGGGCCCCACCGCAGCUCGCGCGUCACGUGCGAGCACCGGCGCGACACGUCACCCUAUAGUCCCCACGCGCCGCACUACCUGUCGCCGCCGGCGGACGGCAGCUGGCGGCGCACGCACUCGGACUCGGCGCUACACCAGAGCCGGCAGCCUGGCGAGGCCGGCGCUCCCGGCGCCGCCCAGCCGCCACCGCCGCGCUACUCGCCCGUCCCGCAGCGGAGAGAGCUGGCCGGCGUGGGCGUGCCGGAUCCGGGCAGCAGCGGCGGCUCCAGCCCGGCCGCGCCGCCCGGCCACUGGUCGCCGUUCGACCCCAAGCUGAGCCCGCUCGGCGUCCCGGCGCCCGGACAGCGCACCGGCCCGGCCGCCGAGCAGCGCGUGCCGGGCAUCUACAACUACAACAUGUACCCGGACGGGGCCGACCAGCGGAACGGGCCGCCGCCGCCGUCCAUCAACAACUCGGGCUCGCUGCCCGACCUCAGCUCGCUCAACUUCCCAUCGCCGGUGCAGCAGCCCAUCGACGGCGACGACAGCGGCACGCCGCCCUACUGUUGCUCGCCCGGCGGUAUGUCGCCCGGCGGCAUGUCGCCGUCCUAUCCGGGCCCGCCGUCGCCGAACCACCUAACUGUCCCGCUGUCCAGCGUGUCGGCCAAUUACCUGCACACCUGCGGCUGA